UUCCCAAACAUGUGAUGAUUUUCAAGAUGGCUGCUUGCAUCCGCAUUGGACGUUUGCAGCCAAGAAGUGAUUGAAAACACACUUCUAGGCGGAAAAUGAAUUUUCUCCACAAUGGGAUCUCAGACACUUGAGAUAUUACGCCAAGGAGUGUGGGCGUCUUUGACGGGUGGUUGGUUUUAUGACCCACACCAAAGUAUAUUUUGCAAUACAUUUCAUCUGUACCUCUGGCUCAUACUUCUGUGUCUGCCUUUUACUAUUUACUUGUAUUUUCCUGCCACGUUCUUGGUGUGGGGAAUAUAUUGCUUCAUUGUAGCAUCCUUAUUUGGUGUAUUACGCCUCAUCAGUUAUGGCCUCCAUCACAUGUAUGACACCUCCGAGUGUAUUCAAGAAACCCCUUCUGUUGACGAAGUUGGGGAUCAAAAUGGGACGGAAACUGCUGAUAACAACCGUCAAAAUCGACGCAGAAGGAAGGGAGCACUUGACCAACUCGUUGAAGAGGGCAUUGAAAUGCAAGUACGAAACAAGCAAAGUACUCAGACGCCUCCCGCUGGCUGCAGUUCCAGAACAUCUUACACAGAGCCAAUGGCUGGCUCUGAUGACAGCAUACACUCCUCAGCAGGUUUCCCAGCCCUCUCAACAUCCAAAGAGACCGGGUUCAAAGCUGGGGGCAGCACAAUAGAUUUGAAGGUGGAUGUCCAUCGCAAAAACAGCUCUGAGAGUAGUGAAGAAAUCGUUAACAGCCUAGGAGCAAGCAACAGCCAACGGGUGCAGCUAAGAGAUGCCGCAGUGAGUCCUUGCUUUGAUGCUUCAACUGUCACUGACAUUAGUGAAGAUGUCAGUGGCAGUAGCGUCCAGCGAUUUCCAAGCAGAGCAUUGAGCACUGACAGCAGUACAAACACUCAGAAACUGUCUCAACAAAAUAGCAAUGACGAGGAGCUGGGAGCUGUUGCCUUAAGCUCAGAACAAGUUCCUUGCAAUGGAGGAUCUUUAGAAGACAGUAGUAUUGUGGGACAGAGCCAUAAUCCAAGCCGGCGUUUUCCCCAUCCUACAAAUGGCAGUCUAAGUGUUCUUCCGACUGUGGCUCUCACUUGUGCUCACAACAUGAAACCAACAGGAUCUCUAGAGUUAGGAUGUAAUAUUGAGAAAAUUGACAACUUUCCUCCACCAGAGAAAGGCUUACUGUAUUGGAAAGACCAAAAAUGUCACUGUGGGGAGGCCCCUAUAAGACAUGUCUGCAGCACGGGACUAGAAACUGCAGCACAGGCCUUGCCAUCACCAUCGGCCACCAGUUUGGAAGCGCUGCAACCACACUCUCCCAUUUCUCUUCCCAGUGAACAAAAGGAAGAACAUGAUGGGCAAAGUAGCCCUUGUGCCGAGAGCGACAAUGAAGACCGAGAUGAAGACCAUAAUAAUACUGGCAGCAGAUCUCCUCUACUCAGCCGUCAGGGUUCUAGUAGCACCAACAAGGUCUCAAGAGCGGUCUCACUUGACACAACCAUAUCUAAGAAAAACACUAAUGAUGACACAGACAGCGAAAGGAAAGGUCAGAUGCGUCCCUUAAGUCAUAGUGGCUCUUCAAUUAGAUAUUCUUCAAAAGAUGGGCCUUUGCCUGAGUCCAGGUCUGUAGACUCAAUACAGGUUACCAACUCAAAUGAUCAUCCGUCCCGCAUAGAGCCAGAUCAAAGCAGUGCAUCUUCGAAAGAUGCUCUUUUGGAUGCAGAGGGUGCCAUGGCUUUGGAGCCCGGAGAUUGUCAUCUUGAUGAAACAGAAAACGUUAAAGACAGAGAAACAGACUCAAGAGAAUCUGAGGAUGUAGAUAGUGGAUGCAGUGAAUGUGAGAGUGUUGGAAGUGACAAUGCUGCAAGUGAUGUUGGUGAGGAGAGGCCCAAUUGGUGCAGGAAACCUAAAGCUGCAAGGUUGGAACGUUACGACGGUAAUGAAACUGCUCGACCAAAAUCUUUGCCCAAAGAACAAAGGGCCGAACAACCAAAGUCUGCUUGGAAACAAUUAAGCCAAAAAAUUGCCUCACUUUCCUCACCUGGAACUAGUAGUGAUGUUGAGGGAUCUAAAACCUCAGAACAUACCAGUCCCAUAGCAUUGGACUGGCUCUUUCAACAUACAGACAGUGAAUCAGAGAAGUCUUGUAAUGGGCCAGCUUCUGCUCAGUGGAAUUACACACAUUCAGAUGACAGUGAUGGUCUAGGACAUACUACAGUAUCACCUCCUCAUGAUAAAGGAAGCUCAAAUUCUUCGGGUGGGUCCAGUCCAAAUUCAGCCCUGGAAUCAACAGAAUUGUUACCAGCACAGAAGACUUCAACAACUGAACAACAUAGAAGUCAAGGGGCAAUACCCAAAAAGCGUGUUGGUGCUACAUAUGGGACAGCUAAAAAGGACCAAAAAGAGGAAGCCACUUCCAGUAAUCUAACAGAAUAUGAAGAGCCCAAAUCUCGAAGACACAAAAAAGACAGAUCAAGAGGGCUGACUCAUCACACAUCUGAAAGUACAUCAGCACCCAGUGGGCAACAGGGUGACAGUCAGCCAGAUAGUUCAAAUGAAGUUGCAAUGUAUCGAGGAGGACAACAAUGUCGACUAACAAAUGCCGCAGUAUCUUUUGUAACAGAGGAAAUGGAUACUACAUCAGGCUCCAAUCAAGACACUCAAAUUGUCCCUUCCAAACCUCAAGAUGUAGACUGCUACCCAAGUACCAGCCGAGCAACAUCAAGAGUCAACCUACCAGAUGCAGCUACAUCACAGAUACUCCAGGAUGCAUUAGAAGAGGAGCCUCCCAGCCGUUUGAAAAGGGCUGCUGGAACAAGAAGAAUUUGGCGACAGAGAGAGACAUUGGCAACAAACCGAAAUUCUGGAUUCCAUCGCACCACUUUGGACCUAUUAUUUCAAAGUGCUGCUGCUGGUGACCCUCAGUUUGAUGCGAAAGCAAUGAUGCAGUUACUCACCACUCCAAGUCUUCAGCACUUUGCAUCGUCACAUGAUGAUACAAGCCAGGGUGCUGUUCAUGUCUUUCAGGAUGAGCAUGGACACCCUAUGACAUACGUAUUUGAUGAUAAGACUACGGGAACCGGUGGGGCUGCUCCACCAUCGUCUGCAUCUGCCACAAGCGCCCAGAACAACAAACUUCUCAACAUGCUUCUCAGAAGAAGACAUGGUUCUCGCGAGAGGGAUGUUCUAGAAUCUUACUCCAGAGAUAUGCUGCUUCGGAGAUACCGAGAGCUACAGCGGUAUCUUUCUGAAGUAGAGCUUGAGAGAGAAAGAGAGCGCCUUCGUGACAGGGAGCGUGACAACAGAGAGCGUGACAGGGAGCGUGACAGGGAGCGUGACAGGGAGCGUGAAGCGGAGCGUAAUGCAGAUCGAGACACAACUCGUGAGCAGGAACGCGAACGUGGCCGAGAACGUGAACGCGAGCGUUGGGAAAAACUAGUGGAUGCGGACUUGAUAACAGUGGAUGCAUCUGGGACAUCACAAGCCACACCUGCACCCACCAACUAUCUUAGCCCUCCUGGACCAUCUACUCAAGCUGGACAUCCACCGAACACUGCUACCGCCGCUACCGCCGCCCAUGCCCCGCCAUCACCACCCUUUGUGCUUCCAGCGACAACACCUCCCCCUGCUCUUUGCCACAUUCCCCACCCCCUUCUGCACCCCAUAUUUACCUCCCAGCCCCCUGCGGCCACCGCUGCACUAAUGGCUCAGCCACAUCAUCCAUUACGUGCCUCUCCUCCCUCCGUGUACUUACCUAUGAGUUCAACCAGUGCCGAUUCCUCAUACCAUUUUUAUGUCAACACUGAAUUGCCCACCGAACAAACUAACCGUGAAAGGCGGGCUCGCAUAUCAUUGUCUCAUUUAAGUCAAUCUCUUCUUGAUCGAGUGCUGCCUGUUCCAAUGACUACAAGCUCCAUGGGAGAGACAGAAACCGAUAUAACUGUUUCAAAGAGUCGUUUCCCUUUCUUAGACACAUUAGAUACUUUAAGUAGUAAUCAACCUUGCCAUUUUUAUAAGUUCUAUUUUCUACCAUGGGCAUAUAUAAAGAUUCGGUUUGACCGACUAGCUCUCUUGGCUCUCCUAGAUCGCACUCUUUCUUUGUGGGAGACAAUACUAUCAGUUGUGCUCUCAUUUCUUGUUGCAGUCAUUGGAGCAGGACUUUUAUAUUCAGGGUUUUAUCGGGAUGUAAUGGCUUUCUUGUUGUGUUUCACUAUUGCUGGCUGCCAGUAUUCUCUAUUAAAGAGUGUUCAACCUGAUGCAGCCUCACCAACCCAUGGACAUAACCGUCUAGUAGCUUUUAGCCGACCUGCCUACUUCUGUUUUCUUGGUACAAUGAUACUGCUUCUUGACUGGCAAAGUGGAGGCGAGAUUGAUGACAGAACUCUGAAAUUUUAUGGUUUCAGUUUUAGUAGUUACCAUUUGUUAGCUACUCUCAGAGAAACAUUGUCAUCAGUUCUUGUUUGUUUCCCUGUUGCAUUUAGUUUUGGACUCUUCCCUCAAGUCAAUACAUUUACUAUGUACCUUCUGGAACAGGUUGACAUUCAUAUAUUUGGUGGAAAUGCCACAUCUUCUCUUGGAGCAGCUGCAUUUUGUGUUGGAAGGAGUGUGGUAGCUGUAGGCCUCUUGGCUGGUUUUGCAUAUUUAGGAUUAUGUGCUCCUUGUGACCCCAGAUCUCAACAACACCUCCUGUUCUCUGUGUUUUGUGGGUUACUUGUGGCCACUGCAUAUCACCUCAGCCGAUGUGCAAGUGACCCUGGUCCAUUAUGGACAAUAUUCAAGGAUCAGUUUUGGUCCAUAUUUGAUCUCAGCGAAGAGGAAAAAGCAGGAAGAAAACAAAAGAAACAACUCUUAAAAGACGAGCGUGAGCGAGAGGAAAGAAGACGAGAAGAACUGAAGGAAGAUGAGAAGAAAAGAGAAGAAGAAAGGAAAAGGGAACGACAGAGGAGGAAGCGUCAGCAUACAACAGCAAGUGCAAGCAGUUUAACUACUGUUCGGGCAAGGGUUGUGGACAACCGCUCUACUUCAGGCUCGGAGUCAGCAUCCAUAUCCAACCCUUCUUUAGCCACUAAUAGGACUGUUGAAGCUCAGGAUCUUUCAUUGAACAUGAACAAGAAUCUCUCAACAACUGCGAGUGUUGGAGGUGUUGAGGCACAAGAGGCUACUGACAACAAAACUGAAAAUGUUCAGAGAUUUCUUGGAAACAAUAAUGGAGAUGAACUUGUGGAUCCAUUACCAUUGAAAUUGCAGAAUACAGUUAAUGCACGCUUGAAAUCAGACAUGAUUGUCUGCACCCUCUUAACUGUCUUUGUGUUUGGUGUUCAUUGCAGCACUGUUUUCUCAGCACUUCAACCCAAACUAAGCCCUGUUCUUUGGGGAAUCACGAGUUCUCUUGGACUGAUGCUGCAUUACAUUAUGCCUCAACUAAGGAAGCAACUUCCCUGGCUUUGUCUGGCUCGGCCAGUGUUUCGAUCAGAUGAAUAUGGACAAUUUGAAACCAAAAAUGUUGCUCGAGUCAUGUGGUUUGAGAAGAUGUUUGUUAUUCUGAGCUUCUUCGAACGAAAUGUUUUGUACCCAGCUGUAAUUUUGUCUGCAGUAACUAUGGAUGCUCCAGAAAUAAUCAAGAGAACUGGACCGGGAACUGGUGCAAUCAUCAUUACAGUGUGUGCUUUGAAGUGCUUAAGAAGCUGCUAUUCAGACACUGCUUUUCAAUAUUUGAUUCUUGUAUUUGCUGUUUUAUUUUUCCAACUUGACUUUGCUUCUGCAAGUGAAACAUUCCUGGUAGACUUCUUUGUAAUGAGCAUAAUCUUCAGCAAAUUUUAUGAAUUCCUACUGAAAGUCCAAUUUGUGGUGACGUACAUAGCACCUUGGCAAAUAACAUGGGGCUCUGCCUUCCAUGCCUUUGCCCAGCCUUUUUCAGUGCCUCACUCAGCGAUGCUGUUCGUUCAAGCUUUCAUUUCGGCCGUUCUCUCCACACCCCUGACGCCUUUCUUAGGAAGUGCCAUCUUCAUUGCCUCCUAUGUACGCCCUGUGAAAUUUUGGGAACGUGAUUAUAAUACCAAGAGAGUGGACCACUCCAACACAAGACUCUCAUCUCAAAUAGAAAGAAACUUGGGAGCUGAUGACAACAAUUUGAACUCAAUAUUUUAUGAGCAUCUUACAAGAUCUCUUCAGCAUUCACUUUGCGGCGAUCUUAUGAUGGGUCGGUGGGGCCCAGUGUCGCAAGGAGAUUGCUUUGUCCUUGCAUCAGAUUAUCUAAAUUGUCUUGUGCACAUUGUUGAACUUGGCAAUGGACUUGUCACAUUUCAAAUGAGAGGACUGGAGUUCAGAGGAACAUACUGCCAACAAAGAGAAGUUGCAGCUAUAUCGGAAGGAGUUGAAGAUAAUGAUGGUUGCUGUUGCUGCGAGCCUGGACAUUUUCGCCAUGUUUUAAGUGUGAAUGCUGCUUUUAGCCAGCGUUGGUUGGCAUGGGAAGUUACAUCAGCUAAAUAUGUGCUUGAAGGCUAUAGUAUCUCUGACAACUCGGCUGUUUCAAUGCUACAAGUUUUUGAAUUUAGGAAAGUCCUUAUUACAUAUUAUGUUAAGAGUAUGAUAUACUAUGCAAUCCAUUCCCCUAAACUUGAUGAGUGGCUAGCUACACCUCAAAUUUUAGAAGCCAUCCUUCCAAUGGCCGAUAGAAACUUUGUUGACCUGGAUCCUGUCUUCAAUGUUAAUAUUGACAAAGAUUAUGACUUUCGGGCAUCGGGUGUAACCUUUUACAGCUUCUGUUCAGUUUAUUUAGAAUGGAUCACAUAUUGUCUGGCUAAAAGAGACAAACUUAUGGACAAAGAAAAAUUUAAUCUUUUAGUGGCUAUGUGCUUUGCUUUAAGUCUACUUGGCAGGAGAUCGCUUGGUGCAGCUUCACAUAACACAGUUUCAAGUGUGGAAUUUUUCCUGUAUGGACUUCAUGCUCUCUUCAAGGGUGACUUCAGGAUCACAAGUGUCAGAGAUGAAUGGAUAUUCACAGAUAUGGAACUCCUCCGAAAAGUUGUAGCACCUGGUGUGCGGAUGUCCCUGAAGCUUCAUCAAGAUCACUUCAUGUCACCUGAAGAGUACAAGGAUCCUGUCGCUCUCUAUGCGGCAAUAUCUCAUCAUGAACAAAGCAUGGUAAUUUCUCAUGAGGGAGACCCUGCAUGGCGUAAUGCUGUUCUGGCUGGUGUUCCGUCUCUUCUUGCUCUCCGGCAUGUUUUGGAUGAUGGUUCUGAUGAAUACAAAAUCAUCAUGUUAAACAAACGUUAUUUAAGUUUUCGUGUCAUCAAAAUCAAUCGGGAAUGUGUUCGUGGUUUAUGGGCUGGCCAGCAGCAAGAACUUGUUUACUUGCGCAACCGUAACCCAGAACGUGGUAGUAUUCAAAAUGCAAAACAGGCAUUGAGGAAUAUUAUUAAUUCAUCUUGUGAUCAACCUAUUGGGUAUCCUAUUUAUGUGUCUCCUCUCACAACCUCAUAUGCUGAUACCAAUGAGCAGCUAAGUCAACUUGUUGGCGGACCUCUGAGUUUUGGUGCCAUGAAGAAAGCUGUGAUUCGUACUUGGCAUAGAGUUCGCAAACGAUGUGGGGAGGGAUGUUCCAGUGGAGGAUCUGCACCACAAGAUGAAGGGGGUUUUGGCAAUGAUGGUGUUUAUGCUAUGACAACGUUUAACAUCCAUGCUGGCUAUGGGCACCCAUCGACUGGGCAGAACACAUCAGGCAGUCAGUCCAUGGACUCAGCCUUCUGCGUGCGCAGUGGGUCCCUGGGCCGAGGGGCGGGCGGCACGGGCGGCACGGGGUCCAUGACGGGUAACCGUGGAAGCCUUGGGUCGGUGCACCAGUUGCACCAGUGGAAGCCCUCCUCGGCCACCCUCGCCAGCCUGGCCACCCUGCUGACCGCCACCGAGUCUGCCAAGCUGGCGGAGGCCUGCCGCCGGGCCCGGACGGGCCACGUGGACUGGGCCCGGGAGCGCGAGGAGAGAGAGCGCGUCAUGGAAUACUACCUGCGAGAGAGAGACAAGAUCCUGGGCAGAGAGAGAGACUGGGAGUUGGACAGGGAAAGAGACCGCGACCGUGAACAAGAUCCUGAACGGGAGCGAGAGCGAGACCGGCGAGACCAUGACAGAGAUCGGGAUCGCCGGGGGUCGGACCGGGACCGAGAGCGCAGAGACCCGGACCGGGAGCGCGACCGUGACCGAAGGGGCUCCGACCGCGACCGGGACAGGGAUAGGGAUCGCGACCGGCGGGACUCUUCCGAUCGGGACCGGGAUCGCCGGGACCUGGACCCCUACCUGCGCGACUGGGAGCGGUACCGCGCCUACCUGGAGCGGGGGCGGGACCGUCGCGAGCGCGACCCAGACCGGGACUCGCGAGGCCGGGAGAGGCAUCGCGACCGAGACCACGAGCGGGAUCGCUACCGGGAGCGGGAGCACAGGGAGAAAGAGCGCAGCAGGGACCGGGAACGAGCCCGGGAGAGGGACCGGGAGAGAGCGCGCGAGGAUAAAGCCAAAGACAAGGACCGGAACCGAGAGACUGACAGGGACCGUGAUCGCUUUGUGAAGGAGUGGAAGGAGCGCGAGUGGAAGGACCAAAAGGAACAGAAGGACCCGGAGGGCAAGCCAGACCAGGACAGCACCGAAGGCUUUGCGUGGUCUCACCUUCCCCUGCGCGAUCUACAGAAGGAGCAGAGAGAGCAGCGGGAGCAUCACAGCGGUGAGCAGAAGUGGGAUAGAAGCAGCGAAAAAGGCUGGGAGUCGUCGUCCGAGAGACGAGCUGAAUCGGAGGAGCCUGUGUACCAAAGAGUCAGGAUAGUAGAUCCCAAUCAGGUCUAUGAUGCAAUUAAUCUUGGGCGACGAAUUGAUGUGGCUUGGCCGGAUGAGUCCAUGCGACAGAGAGGAGGAAGAUCGUACUGGAGGGAUUGGUUACCAGAAAAAGGCAUGGAAGGACAGGUUGUCCAUCGCUGGGUGCCAUCACACAGAGAUCCUAACUGUCGCUCACAUGUUGACCGUGUAAUACUUUUAGUGAAGAUUAGUGACUAUUAUGUACCCAUUGCUGAAAGUGGCGUGCAGGACUUGGGUGCAGAAGUUUGAAUAUGCGCUUGGCUUUGCAGACUUUACUUUGUGAUAGUAUUCAUAAUUUUUUCAUUGCUGGUGCAUGAGACUAGGAGGAAUACUAGAAUAAAUGAGAAUUUCUUUGUUUUAAUGAUCAUCCUAAUGUGAAUGUGUGGAAGGAAAGGAGACAGAAAAGCACUAUUCACAAAUUCUUUAUGUAGCCAUGAACUUUCUUUGGCUGGAAUCUGUGAUUUAUUUUACAUUUUUCUCUUUAUAGUAGACUUAGCUAUGUAAGCUGUGGCUUUUGUUAAUCUAAUUUUUAGUUUAUUCUAAGACCAAGGAGGUGAUUAGUUCUUCUGCUCAAAAUCUUGAGUUUAUUAUAUCAUUGACUUUGCAUCUCACCAUAGAAGCAAGUGAAAGAAGUUGGCUAUUGUUUUCUUCUUCAUCUGUGUUAAUUUCUUAUAAUUUUCAUGUUAUAGCCUUUUAUAUUGUUUAUUUAAUUGCUAUUUCUAAAGGACUUUCAAGGCUGGAAAUCUUGCAUUUGGAGAAAGCGCGAUCUCGUCACAGCAGAUACAAUUGGUUCACACUUGACCCACUUUAUAACUGUUUCCUCCUGAAAUUUGAUAUCUGCACACACCAUCACAGUUAAACAGUAUAUGGUAUUAGUUAAUGCAUUGGACUGAUUUAAUGUAAAUAUAUUCUUCGUUAUGUGCAAGUUUAUCAUUGCAAUGAUUUAAAUAGAAUACUUGUUGUAUGUGAUUACUACUAUGUUAAUGUUAAAUGGCUGUGUAAAAUAAAUUUUCAUUGAAAUACAUA